AAAAAGAAAGUAUAGUAAAUUGCAAAUUUUAUUGACUUUGAAAUAUAUUGGAAAUAUGAACUCUCCUCGAAAAAAUGGAAGUACAGAAAAAAUGGACGUGGAAAAUGAAAAAUGUAAUCUUACCAACGGUAUAAACAAAAGUACAAUUGCGACUAAUGUAAGUUCACAAGCUCAUCAUGUAUCUAGAGCGAAACGUGGCCAAGCCGUUGGUACUGUUCGCGGUUUUCGUGGAUGUACUAUAUGGAUGACUGGACUUUCUGGAGCUGGAAAGACCUCGAUAUCGUUCAAGUUAGAAGAAUUUCUUGUAUCUCAGGGUAUACCGGCUUAUGGUUUGGAUGGAGAUAAUGUACGGACUGGUUUGAAUCGGAACUUGGGUUUUAGUAAAGAAGAUCGCGAAGAAAAUGUCCGACGUGUGGCCGAAGUAGCCAAGUUGUUUGCCGAUGGAGGUGUCAUCACUCUAUGUAGCUUCGUUUCACCUUUCGAAGAGGAUAGGAGAAUGGCUCGAAAAAUUCACGAAGAUUCGGAACUGCCUUUCUUCGAGAUAUUCGUUAACGCGUCGUUGAAGAUCUGUGAGGCACGAGACGUAAAGGGUCUUUACAAAAAAGCUAGAUCUGGUAUCAUUAAGGGCUUUACUGGCAUCGAUCAAAAGUACGAAAUACCUAUUAAGCCUGAUCUCAUUGUUAACACGGAAAAUGCGACGUUAGAAGAAUCUACGGCGAGAGUCAUCGAAUUUCUCGAAAAUCGUAGCAUCAUACCAAAGAUGUACGGAUUGGGAAGAUCUGUCCAUGAAUUAUUUGUUCCUGAAUCUAUGAUCGAAGAUGUUGAAAAGGAAGCACAAAAUUUACAAGCGAUCGAAAUCAACGAAGUAGAUCUUCAAUGGAUUCAAGUUCUCGCUGAAGGUUGGGCGGCUCCGCUUAAAGGAUUCAUGAAAGAGAAACAAUAUUUACAAUCUCAACAUUUCAACUGUCUCACGGAAAAUGGCGUACAGAUCAAUCAGUCGAUCCCAAUAGUUCUUGCUAUUAACGAUGACGACAAGGAACGUUGUCAGAACGUUACAUCUUUGACAUUGAGAUACAAUGGAAGAAAUAUGGCGAUUCUUAGAAAUCCGGAAUUUUAUUUUCAUCGGAAGGAAGAAAGUUGUUCGCGAGUAUUUGGCACGAAUGAUAUCCGUCAUCCUUAUAUAAAAAUGAUAUACGAAACUGGAGAUUGGUUGAUCGGUGGCGAACUCGAGGUAAUUGAAAGAAUACGAUGGAACGAUGGUCUCGAUGAGUACAGAUUGACUCCUAACGAGAUCAGAGCAAAGUGUCGUGAGAUGGGAGCGGACGCGGUAUUUGCUUUUCAACUUCGAAAUCCUAUACACAAUGGACACGCCCUUCUUAUGCAGGAUACUAGAAAACGUUUGCUCGAACGUGGUUAUCGUAAACCUGUUCUUCUCUUGCAUCCUCUGGGUGGUUGGACGAAAGACGACGACGUACCUUUAGCAGUCAGAAUAAAACAACAUCAAGCUGUCCUCGAAGAUGGUAUCUUACACGAGGAUACGAUUUUAGCUAUAUUCCCUAGUCCCAUGUUGUAUGCUGGACCAACAGAAGUACAAUGGCAUGCCAAAGGUAGACUAAUCGCUGGUGCUAACUUUUAUAUCGUUGGCAGAGAUCCUGCCGGUAUACCACAUCCAAAUAAAGAUGCUACACCUGAUGGUAAUCUAUAUGAUAGUACUCAUGGUGCUAGAGUACUUUCGAUGGCUCCUGGUCUUCAAAACCUUGAGAUUAUACCUUUUCGAGUAGCUGCUUACGACGUGAAACAACGGAGUAUGGCGUUCUAUGAUCCCGAAAGACAAAGCGAUUUUAUAUUUAUUUCAGGAACGAAAAUGCGAAAUCUAGCCAAAUCUGGCGAGAACCCACCAGAAGAUUUUAUGGCACCCAAAGCAUGGAAAAUUUUAUCAGAAUAUUACCAGGGAAUAAAUAACAAUUGAUGCCUUGUCGAUUGUUUACGAUUAGAUUUAGAAUAGGUAAUAUCUUUAACGUAUUUAUAGAAUAUCAGAUUUUCAACAUUCUUCAAUAAUCAAAUGUA